CUCUCCUCCUCUACCUCGCCGCCUCCCCCCAAGAACCUUCCCGUCCGUCGCCAUGGCCGCUACCAACGGCGCCGCCGCCGCCGACUCCGUGCAGGAGCCUCCCCACAAGAUCACCAAGAUCGCGCCUCUGCUCAAGGUCAAGAAGCUCUCCGAGAACGCCAUCCUGCCCCGUCGCGGCUCCGCCCUCGCCGCCGGCUACGACCUCUCCAGCGCGGUGGAGGUGACCGUGCCCGCCAGGGGCAAGGCGCUGGUGGCCACCGACCUCAGCAUCGCCAUCCCGGAGGGAACCUACGCGCGCGUCGCCCCGAGGUCCGGUCUGGCGCUGAAGCACUCCAUCGACGUGGGCGCCGGCGUGAUCGACGCCGACUACCGCGGCCCGGUGGGCGUCGUGCUCUUCAACCACUCCGAGGUGGACUUUGCCGUCAAGCCUGGGGACCGCAUCGCGCAGCUGAUCAUCCAGGUCAUCGCCACCCCGGAGGUCGCGGAGGUGGAGGACCUCGAUGCCACCGUCAGGGGAGAGGGAGGGUUCGGCUCCACUGGCGUCUGAACUCUGGAUCUUGAUAAAUAACUCUAGCUAUCUGGUCUGUUUAGGUUAUCUGAUGGUGGUGGAACUCUCGGUGGUAGUUAGUAGUACCUUGUGAUGCUCGUGUGCGGUGAUGUUCGAUUGGGAAUUUCGUGAUCUCUUGCAGUCGUGAAGUUCAGGUUGCGUCCGUGAACGCUGCAAAUGUUAAAGAUGGUUCUGUGGUAGUAAUUUAUCUGUGCUAAAUCGCUGUCACUGAUUUCCAGAUGAAUUGCAGACUUUCCUGCCUA